CAUGAAAAACCAACAAAUAUAUACACCAACACGGGUCGAUUCAGUCUCCAAUUUUUAUUGUAUUCAUUAAUUUAUUGGAAUUGUUGGAGUCGCCGUCGUCGCCGUCGUUGUUUCUGCUGGAGGACAGCUUCUUCAAUUUUGCCCCACCAUCUCACCCCCCAACCCCUUUGUUUUUGUUUUCUCGCUCUUCCAAUUUCUCUCUCUUCGUAGAAUCCGCAGUGGAAUGCGCAAUCAUCGGGUUAAUUGAAGCUCGGAAUCCAGCGGCGCCGGGAUCUGCGUUUCUUCGUGAACGCAACCCGGGGGAGUGUUUGGGCGAUCAUUGAUUCCUGGAUAUUUUGUCAAUUGAAUUCAGUGGAAGUGAAAGAGAAGAAGAGAUUGAAUUUUUGGAAAGUGUUGAUUGAGAAGUGGAAAGGAUAAGUAAACUUUGUCGUGGUUAGCUAUGUUGCGUAAGAGUAGUGACCACCAAACUGUGCCGUUAUCAGUUUUGUUGAAGAGGGAGUUGGCAAGUGAGAGGAUCGAGAGGCCGGAGAUUUCGCAUGGUCAGGCAAGUCAGAGCAAGAAAGGCGAGGAUUUUACAUUCAUCAAGACGGAAUGUCAGCGUGUCUUGGGCGAUGGAGUUGCCACAUAUUCUGUCUUCGCGUUAUUUGAUGGUCACAACGGAUCUGCAGCCGCUCUAUAUUCCAAAGAGAAUUUGUUAAACAGCGUCUUAUCUGCGAUUCCACCGGAUCUAAACAGUGAAGAGUGGAUCACAGCGUUGCCCAGAGCUCUGGUUGCUGGUUUCGUCAAAACUGAUAAAGAUUUCCAAGAAAGAGCCCAAACUUCAGGAACGACUGUUACCUUUGUAAUUCUUGAGGGAUGGAUCUUAACUGCUGCAUCAGUUGGUGAUUCUCGCGGCAUACUUCAAUCUGCUGAAGGAACGCUGCAUUACCUGUCUGCAGAUCAUAGACUCGACUCCAACGAAGAAGAGAGGGAUCGAAUAACUGCAUGUGGAGGUGAAGUUGGUCGGCUUAACACCGGGGGUGGCACAGAGAUUGGGCCAUUGCGGUGUUGGCCUGGUGGUUUGUGCCUUUCUCGAUCCAUUGGCGACAUGGAUGUUGGAGAGUUCAUUGUUCCCGUACCAUAUGUAAAACAAGUAAAGCUAUCAUCGCGCGGUGGAAGGCUCAUUAUCUCGAGCGACGGUGUUUGGGAUGCAUUACCUGCGGAAGUAGCUUUUGAGUGCUGCAGAGGGAUGCCGGCCGAAGCUGCUGCUUCGCAGAUCGUCAAAGAAGCUGUACAGGUGAAAGGUCUACGGGACGAUACGACCUGCAUUGUUGUAGAUAUAACGCCUCCUGAAAAACCCGAGCUACCGAAACCACCUCCUAGAAAACCCGGGAAAGGGGUCUUUAAGGGUAUCUUCCGGAAGAAAGCUUCCGAGUCGACCUCACAGCGGGGCAAGGAAGAGUUGCCUGAAUCGAAUGGUGUGGAAGAUCUCUUCGAAGCAGGAUCAGCUUCGCUCACAGAAAGGUUGGAAACGAAGUACCCGGUAUCCAACAUGUUUAAGAUGUUCAUUUGUGCGAUUUGCCAAGUUGAAAUAAAACCUGGAGAAGGGAUCUCGAUACAAGCCGGGAAAAAGAAUCCCCGAAAACUGCGGCCGUGGGAAGGCCCUUUCCUUUGUCCAAACUGCCAACGAAAGAAAGAAGCCAUGGAAGGGAACUACCGAUCUCCGGGAGCCGGAAGAUGUAAUGAAAGUGAAUAGUCGAGCACAGCAAGAUAGUUUCGGUUCAUUCAAAGGCGUGUGCGCGCUGGCGAGAUGUUGCAAAAGUGUCGACAACUGAAGACCUGAGAAGGACAAAUCCCCAGCCGACGCUGUUACUGUAAGCCUCUCGACUGCUAUUGUGAAUACCUUUGACAAGCUACACAAUAUUUAUAUUUCUUCUGACGAAUCGAAAUGGAAGUUUGUUUUGAUCGAAGAACUAGUAAGUCUUGUGUACAAUCAAUCGUCUUUGUAAUAUUAUCGCGCACCAAUUGUUUGUUCGUUUGUUCA